AUGCCGUUACCAGAAGGAAUUCUUGAUAGUGCUUUGGAUGCUGUAGGGCACACUCCAUUAAUCAGGCUAGACCGUAUUGCGAGUGUCGAAGGGUUCAAAUGCAAUCUUUUGGCAAAGACAGAAUUCUUAUCCGCUGGUGGAAGUAUCAAGGACAGGAUCGCCAAACGCAUGCUCGAGGAAGCAGAGAAGAGCGGCCGCUUGAUCCCUGGCGUCUCGACCGUCAUAGAAGCAACUUCCGGUAAUACAGGGAUUGGGUUGGCAUUGGCAUGCGCGCUCAAGGGAUAUCCUUUGAUCAUUACGUUACCCAUGAAGAUGAGUAACGAGAAGAUCGCAACACUGCGGGCCCUGGGAGCUGAGGUUGUGCGGACACCCACCGAAGCAGCGUUUGACUCGCCAGAAAGUCAUAUUGGGGUGGCUAAACGGUUGAGGGACGCAAUUCCAAACUCGGUCAUACUAGAUCAAUAUAGCAACCCGGAUAACCCCCUUGCGCAUGAGCUUACGACCGGUCCAGAAAUAAUCGAUGCAAUCCUUGCAGACUUCAGUUCGCAUUCUUCCUCGCACAAAUCGUCUGGGCUUGUCGACGUGGUCGUAGCAGGUGCCGGAACUGGGGGUACAUUGACAGGCGUUUCUCGCAGCCUCAGAAGAUGGAACUCGGAGGUUAUCGUCAUUGGCGUUGACCCUAAAGGGAGCGUUCUAGCUUAUCCGGAUGCCCUGAAUGAGAGUAAAGAUGACGCGAUAUAUCAAGUGGAAGGGAUCGGAUACGACUUUGUACCCAAGGUACUGGAUAGAAUGCCGCCCACCGUCGAUAAAUGGCUCAAGAUCGGAGACGACGAGGCGUUUCCCGCGGCAUUACGUCUCAUCAAGGAAGAGGCGUUACUAGUUGGAGGAAGUUCUGGUACUGCUCUGGCGGGUGCCCUAAAGUACCUGCACUCAGAGGAAGGCAAGCACAUUGCACAGACGGAGGGCAAGAACGUUGUUGUUCUUCUACCCGAUGGUUUACGAAAUUACAUGAGCAAGCCUUGGUUCCUGGGGGCCGCUCAAGAAACUGAGACGCCACUCUCAAAGAAUAUCAAGAAGAUUUUAGAACGCUCUUGA